UAUAAACCUAAAUUAUCUCUCUCUCACCUCCCUUCUUUUUCUCCUCUCUUUCCUGCCUCCUUUCUUUCUCUCUCCCCUUUCUCUCUCUAGAUCUUCCUCCAUUUUCCUCCUACGCCUUGUUUAAUUUGAUUCCUAAUAAAAAAAAGUUUAUGAUCAUAAAAGCUUCUUUAAUUCAAUAAAAUUUAUCUUCUUCUCCAAUUUUAGUUUUGAACAACAACAAACAAAAGUUUUUAACAACUCUCACAACAACAACAAAAAUGGCACCACCACCAACAAGUAUCACAAGAAGAAAAACCCAAAAACCAUCAACAUCCCCAACAACAACAACAGCAACAAGAAGGAUUAUGACUAGGAGUAUUUACAAGAAAGAGCAAUUGCUAUUACUCAACCAAGAGAAGAAAACCCCUCAUUCUUCUUCAAAGAAAGGUUAUAAUCGUCAGUUUUUCGACGAGAAUGAAUCGAACAACUUCAUCCACAACGGAAAAAGAAACACCAGCAACGAGAAUGAAUCAAACAACGUCAUCCACAACGGAAAAAGAAACACCAGCAACGAGAAUGAAUCAAACAACGUCAUCCACAACGGAAAAAGAAACACCAGCAGAAACAACAACAGUUUGAAUAGCAGUAAUAACAACAACAACAACGAUGUUCUUUGCACAACACCAAAGUCGGAGAAAUACAAGAUACCAGAAAUCAAUACUUGUCCACCAGCACCAAAGAAGCCAAGAAAUAGUACAUGUUUAUUUCAAAAAAGGAGGCCAAUUACCUUUUUUGCUCAUCCUGAUUUAGACAAGUUCUUCAUGUUUGCUACCCCAAUGAGAGAUAUCAAGGUUUGAAUUUAAUUAUUUUCCACCCCUUAAUUAAUUAUAUAAUUAGGUUUUCGAUCAACUGGGUAUUAGCACGGCCACAGACUAGUUAUCGGAUUAAUCCCUAGUAUUAGUAAUAUUAGUGUGAAUGAGGUUUUUAGCAAAAAAUAAACCCUUUUUGGUAAAGGGUUUUUUUUUUAAUUUUAAUUUUAAUUAUAGGUGACCUUUUUUUUUUUUUUUGGGAUAAAAAACAAAUAUGAAAGAGGUCACAAUCUCACUGACCAAAUGAUAAAUCAAGCAUGGGGUUUGUUUGGUUAUCCUAUUUUGGUUUUUAGUAGAAUUAGUAUUAUUAUUAUUUUCUGGUUGUGGUGAGCCUUGAACAAGGAAUCUUACUGUAUAAAAUUUUAAUUUUCAUGGUGUGAAAUUGUAAAUUAUUUAAUUUAA